GGUUGAUGGACUUCGUAUACUUCAUCGUUUCGUCCUCUGCAUCAACAACAGCUUCGCACGACUGCCCAAUAGCACAUCUCAAGAUAGAUGUUUAUUGGAAUUAUAGUCCUGAAUCUACCUCCUGGUAUCGACUAUGCCUCAAUAUGGUCAGAAUGAGAGUCCUUAGCUCCGCCGAGCGUGCUACGGUGAUGGGAGACGCACAAGCUCUAAUCAUUUGCGGAGGAAUGUGACUCCAUUCUUGGAGAGGUAAUGAAUAG